GCACGGCUGGCGUACGUAGCGGCGGAGGGGGAGUUAAAGCAGCCCUUUAAAGAUGAGCUCCCAACCAGACAGGCUCAGCUCUCCACCCUGCAAGACACUGAGGAGUUUGACGUCCUUGUCGUAGGGGGAGGGGCCACGGGCUCCGGAUGUGCCUUAGACGCUGUCACACGCAACCUCAAGACUGCCCUGGUGGAGAGGAAUGAUUUCUCAUCGGGGACCAGCAGCCGGAGCACCAAGCUCAUCCACGGGGGAGUACGAUACCUCCAAAAGGCCAUCAUGAAGUUAGAUUACGAACAGUACAUGAUGGUGAAAGAGGCUCUCCACGAGCGCUCCAACCUGCUAAACAUCGCCCCUCAUCUGUCUGCCCCACUACCCAUCAUGCUCCCUGUUUACAAAUGGUGGCAGCUGCCAUACUACUGGGCUGGUAUAAAGAUGUACGACCUGGUAGCUGGAGGCCAGUGUCUGAAGAGCAGUUAUGUCCUCAGUAAGAACAAGGCUCUGGAACUCUUCCCCAUGCUGAAGAAAGACAAGCUGGUGGGAGCCAUCGUCUACUAUGAUGGACAGCAUAACGAUGCUCGUAUGAACCUGGCGAUCGCCCUGACAGCAGCCAGACAUGGUGCUGCCAUCGCUAACUACACAGAGGUGGUCCACCUGCUGAAGAAAGCAGACGCAGGGACGGGCAAGGAGAAGGUCUGUGGGGCGCGUUGCAGGGACGUUAUCACAGGAAAUGAAUUUGACGUCAAAGCCAAAUGUGUCAUUAACGCCACGGGACCGUUCACUGACUCUCUGAGGAAGAUGGACGACGGGAAAAACACUAAUAUCUGCCAGCCCAGUGCUGGGGUUCACAUAGUUAUCCCUGGUUAUUACAGUCCUGACAACAUGGGUCUCCUGGACCCGGCAACCAGCGACGGCCGUGUCAUCUUCUUCCUGCCCUGGGAGAAGAUGACCAUAGCCGGGACGACGGACACGCCCACUGACAUCACCGCCCACCCCAUCCCCAGGGAGGAAGACAUCAACUUCAUCCUGAACGAAGUCCGCAACUACCUCAGCCCUGAUGUAGAGGUGAGGAGAGGAGACGUCCUGGCAGCGUGGAGUGGGAUCCGUCCUCUGGUCACUGACCCCAACUCUAAAGACACCCAGUCCAUCUGCAGGAACCACAUAGUCAACGUCAGCGACAGCGGCCUGGUCACCAUUGCAGGUGGGAAGUGGACAACGUACCGCUCCAUGGCAGAGGAGACCCUGGACGCCGCGGUUGCAGCCCACAGGCUGGGGGGCGGGCCCAGUAAGACAGUGGGCCUGGUGCUGGAGGGGGGCCAAGACUGGAGCCCCACCUUGUACAUCCGACUGGUGCAGGACUACGGCCUGGAGAAUGAGGUUGCCCAGCACCUGGCGGCAACGUACGGGGGGAAAGCAUUCGACGUGGCCAAGAUGGCGCGGGUCACUGGGAAGAGGUGGCCCAUCGUAGGGAAUAGACUGGUCUCUGAAUUCCCUUACAUUGAGAGUGAGGUGAGGUAUGCUGUUAAGGAAUAUGCCUGUACGGCCAUCGAUGUGAUCGCCAGGCGCACACGGCUGGGUUUCCUCAACGUGCAGGCUGCUGAUGAGGCUCUGCCACGCAUCGUAGACAUCAUGGGCAAGAUGCUGGACUGGAGCGACAAAAAGAGGACGGAGGAGCUGGAAGCUGCUAAGAAGUUCCUGUACCUUGAGAUGGGCUACAGGUCCCGCUCUGAGCAGCUGACUGGGACCACAGAGAUCACCCUGGACACACAGGAAGUGGCAAAGUACACAAACCGGUUCCACAAGUUUGACAAAGACAGUAAAGGCUUCAUCACCACAGUGGACGUUCAGAGGGUCUUACAGAACAUCAGUGUCCAGAUUGAUGAGAACGCUCUCCAUGAAAUCCUCAACGAAGUGGACCUCAACAAGAAUGGACAGGUGGAGCUGAACGAGUUUUUACAGCUGAUGAGUGCUGUGAAGAAGGGCCAGGUUUCUGACAGCAGGUUGGCCAUCCUGAUGAAGACCGCUGAGGAGAGCCUGGAUCUGAGGGGACCUGUGACUGUGGACCGCAGUGGAGGAGGGGUGUGAGGGGAACCCAUCCGCACCACCACACCGUGCCACCACACCGCACCACCACACCGUACCACCACACCGUACCACCACACCGUACCACCACACCGUACCACCACACCGUACCACCACACCGCACCACCACACCGUACCACCACACCGUACCACCACACCGUGCCACCACACCGCACCACCACACCGUACCACCACACCGUACCACCACACCGUACCACCACACCGUACCACCACACCGUACCACCACACAUUACCACCACACAUUACCACCACACAUUACCACCACACAUUACCACCACACUGUACCACCACACUGUACCACCACACUGUACCACCACACCGCAACACCACACAUUACCACCACACCGUACCACCACACCGCACCACCACACAUUACCACCAUCGUACCACCACACCGUACCACCACACAUUACCACCACCGUACCACCACACUAACCAGAGCUGUGGUGCUAAGAAUGACGAUGAUGAAAGGGAUGAUUUGUAAAGAACAAGAGUACAAACUAGAUUUUUAUCCUAAAUAGAUCUAGGUGAGUAUGUGUCAACGCUGAGUGUUUUAUUGUGAAGUUGAGGCUAGAUUGGGGGGGCAGGUAGCCUAGUGGAGCGUUGGUCCAGUAACCGGAAGGUCAGUGUGUCCUUAAACAAGGCGUGUAAAUCGCUCUGGAUAAGAGAGUCUGCUAAAUGACUAAAAUAUAAAAUGUAGUUUGAUGUUAGACAUUUUUUAUAGUAAUUCUUUGUAUUGAUAUUUUCAUGGAGGGAGACAGGCACUAUCUGGACAGUUUUCCAUCACACUGGAUUCUCACUACUACAAAGUCAAUGGGUUUGACAAUCAGUGCCUCUGACAUAAAGCUGUAACUCACAGUUCAUACUGUCUUUAUAAUCUUAUCAAUGCUUCGCCUUAUAUGGCUUUGUAAUAUAGUUUAUUGUUAUAUUAUUCAGUCUUAUUUUUGUUAUCGGUGUCUUAUUGAUGUCCACAUUUCACUGGAACUGUACUUUGGAUGUGGUUCUUCUGCCCUUUCUCCAAUACAAGAACCAGUUCUGCCUGGUUCCACCUGGUUCCGCCUCGUUAGGGACAGCCGGCAUUACAGUACCAUGCAGUUUAUUCACACUCAGCUUAACGUUUCCACGUCUUCGUUUCUGACUUCAGCAUGUUACUUUACAUCACUGUUCCUCGCCGCAGUGCCAUUGUAUAUUUAAGCAAUAAGGCCCGAGGAGGUGUGGUAUAUGGCUAAUAUACCACGGCUAAGGGCUGUUCUUAUGCAUGACGCAACGCGAAGUGCCUGGAAACAGCCCUUAGCCGUGGUAUAUUGGUCAUAUAUCACAAACCCCCGAGGUGCCUUACUGCUAUUAUAAACUGGUUACCAACUUAAUUAGAGCAGUAAAAAUAAAUGUUUUGUCAUACCUGUGAUAUACCACGGUUGUCUGCCAAUCAGCAUUCAGGGCUUGAACCACCCAGUUUAUAAUGGCCAAUAUACCACUGCUAAGGGCUGUUAGUCACGACGCGAAGUGGAGUGCCUGGAUACAGCCCUUAGCUGUGCUAUAUUGGCUAUAUACCUCUAACCCAUGAGGUGCCUUAUUGCUUUAUAAACUGGUACAGAUAAGUUACCAACAUAAAAAGAACAGUGAACAAGGAUUUUUGUGUCAUACCGUUGGUAUAUUGUCUGAUAUACACACAGCUGAAAUGCUGUUUCAGCUAAUCAGCACACAGGACCAAACUAGCCGGUUUAUAAUAAGGCUUUUUUCCUGGCACACCGGUGACAACGACAUUUCUAUAUCUGCUGCCUGCUAGCUAGCAUACACUGGUCUAUCUAAUGCACCUUAAGUAACUGUCUCCAGCUUUAUCCUUACUGUUUUUAAAAUCAUGGCAGAAUGAAUGUUUUUCUACUACUGGUAUUGCUACGUCAUUAUAUAUAUUUUUUAAUUAAAGAUAUUUAUUCAUUGUAACGUUAUUCACUCCUUCCAUCUUCCAAUGACCUUGACAAGAUAGUUAGACGUAUGAGUGGUGGUGAGAUGUACGUCUCAUGCUGAGAGGAUUAACAGCACAAUCUGGAACUUUCAUUUCCAGUCGAAUGUGCUGCCGCUGCAUUGGUUUGUACACUGGAGGUAACCACAGUUACAUUUGCAGAGAGUUACAAAUUGUGCCUUUUUAAGUAUUGUAUGGAAAUGUCUCUUCACUGUCUGUAUCUGUCUGCAGUGCACCUGAGCUUGUACAGUAUUUGUACUAUUACUAAGUUAAUACUUGCAGUUCUGCUGAUUAUUUGCGGUUUUAGAGUGAAGCGGUUGAAGGGGAAUGUAUGAUCUGGGCCUUGCUUUCAAACACGGUAUGACGUCAUACGAAUUGAACCUAUUCCAACUCAUUCCUCUAUAUUUUACAUAUUUGAACUGUCUUAAUGUUGCAGUUAUUAUAAAGCAUGUAAAGAUACAUAUUCUAUAACCUUUUUAAAGAAAAUGUGUAUUUUACGAAUGGAUAAAAGGAACAUAACAUUUUUUGAUAGUGUUCUGACUGGUUCUUAAUAUUGGUCUUAGCAUGUUUGUAAUACAAUUUGCGUGUGUUCUUGUUUUGUCUAAAAAGGCUGAAAGAAUCAUUCUAGAGGUUUCCGCUAUGUACGCUUACUGUAACUGAAUCCAACCUUGUGUAUCAGAUUUUUGCCACAUGGGAGUUUUCAGUACAAUGCCUUGACAGCCAGGGCCAACUUUGUCUAUGUUUGCUUGUCUGCUUGGAUGAAAUUCCAGCCUUAUCCAGAUUGAAAGAGAUCCAUAGUCCUCUGUUUUCAAUAAACACUGGAAGUCGAUCUCAAAUGCUUUUCCGAGACACACUGCAAUUAUGUCAUUAAAUGUAUCUGGUUGCUAACAACAA